AUGGGGACAGAGUGCAGUCGGCGGGGGUCCCUGGCGCUCACCCUCAACAUUGUAGCAUUUACGUGUGCCCUGUCAGCAGUGAGCACUAGCUUUUGGUGCGAGGGGACCAGGAAGGUGGUCAAGCCUUUCUGCACGGGGCCGGUGACGACCAGGCAGUCGUACUGCAUUCGCUUCAACAGCAGUAACAUCAAUGACAGCCGGCUGGUGCAGUACAUCUGGGAGUCGGGAGAAGAGAAGUUCCUGAUGAGGAAGUUCCACACCGGCAUCUUCUUCUCCUGUGAGCAGGCUGCUGACAUGAAUGGUAAAUAACGUUGCAGAAAUGUUGAAAUAGAACAUGCAACUAUGUUGGCCGCUCCGCAGCUGGUCCUGUGUGACCAUGCUCUCUAAACCUGAUGUGGUUUGGGUACAUUACAACAGGAAGUGAAGGAGGAAGUACA